AAAGAAGCCACCAAGUGGUCAUUUUAGCUGGUUUCAGUUAAUAGCCAGCUUGAAUCCGCUAGAAAUCAUGUACCAUUUUACAAAUCUGUUUGGCAACAUCUUAAAUUGGAUGUCCAGCAGAAAUAAAUGAUGGCCAAGUGCGUUGUAUUGACCGCUAUAGCGAUGCUGGCGAUGGCAUGUGUGGCCUCUCCUCUGUCCAAAGACGCACCUGCGAACACAAAGGCGACGGAACGGCUUCCGGAGAGACCACCUGAGACACCGGAGAGACCACCGGAGAAACCGCACUCCCGUGCGAGUCGUUCCGUGCAUUUACCGGAGGAUCAGCGAGAGCUCAUGUCCCGGCAGCUCUUACAGGCACUGUCAGAAAUCAUCCAACGAGAGGACUGCGUUACAGAUUAUCAAGGCUGGGUUGAUUUUGGGCGUCGGAGUACAAACUGAGAUUUAACCGUAAAAACUCUGUACUAUGAUUUUUGUCAUUAAAUAUAUUUGCAAC